CUCCCACCCCCCGUCCCACCGCGCCACCCACCCGCCUGCCCGCAGCGGUUCCGCUACGGGUACUCGCCAUUCCUCCCCGCCGCCUCGCCUCCCCUCCCCUCCCUCUCCACGCUCCCCGAGGAGAAACAGACACGCGGCCGCCAGCCAGGCCGGGCCAUGUCCGGCGGCGCCGCCCUAGCCUCCCAGCCCCAGCCCUCCGCGCCCCAGUCGCAGGCGCAGCCCCAGCCCCAGCAGCAGCAGCAGCAGCAGGCCAGGGAGCAGCUGAAGAAGGCGGUGGAGAUGAACGCGGUCCGCCUCCAGGCCAUCGGCGAGCGGAUCAGGGGCCACUUCCGCGGCGGCUCCUACGCGCUCGCCCCCGCCGACCUCUCCCACCUCGUUUACGCCCUCGCCAGGGGGAUCGAUUACGCGCUGUCGGGCGGUGACAUUCCUAAGAUCGCGGGUGAAAUACCAGACACUCUGAGAAAGGUAUAUGAGCUGAGGAAGGAUCCAUUUCUACAAUCUUCUGUCAUGGUACUGAUCAUAUCAUGCAAGAAUGCUUGUAAAAACAAAUGGUUUCAGCCUUCAGAUUUCAUUGAUAUUCUCAGGAUGGCUGAUGAGCUAUCUGGCAGCUUCUGCACGAACAGUAGCGAGCCAGCUAAUGACAGCACCGUGCUUGAAAUCAUUUCAACAGUAAUGCCAAGGUAUUAUCCUAAGUUGAAGUUCGACCGUCUAAUCACUUCGCUGGAAGCAAAGGUUGGAUAUGAUAUUUUGAUGGCCGACUUCUUUAUUCAUAGAAAUCUACCUAAACAUGAAAAGAUUUGUCUAGUUGUUGUCCAAAAGGAAAAAUUAGAUGUCUCAUCAUGUAUCGCGAGCCCCCAGCAUGUGAGCUUUUUAGUAAACGGAAAAGGUGUGGACAAGAGGACUAAUGUUUCAAUGGAAACAGGACCCCAGUUCCCCACAGAUAUCACUAAGAUGCUCAAAUAUGGUGCAAACAUUGUACAAGCUGUUGGGUAUUUUACUGCUAAUUACAUCAUAGCUGUGGCAGUUGUGAACAAUUUGAUGUCUUUUGAUGCUCCAAAACUCAGUGACUAUGCCCAACCAGUCACAACAGAUCUUCCUGGUAGUUCAUUAAAUUUUAGUUCUUAUAAUUUUAUGUUAUGCUUUGACAAUUUCUUGACUCAAAUCUGGAAUAACAUUUUUUUUGCAUUCCUCAUUGCGAACUUUUAUGUAGAUUCAGAUUCAGAUAUGCUACUGGAAGGGCCAUCAAGAGUUUCCCUAAAGUGCCCCAUAAGUUUUAGGCGUGUGCAAACCCCAGUUAAAGGGCGGCUAUGCAAACACCAUCAGUGUUUUGAUUAUGACAGUUACAUGGAUAUUAACUCGAGGAAACCAACCUGGCGCUGUCCAUGUUGUAAUACUCCUUCAAAUUUCAUUGACAUUCGAAUUGAUCAAGAGAUGGCCAAGAUUUUACAAGAGACUGGUAAUGAUAUCAUGGAUGUUCUUGUAUUCCCUGAUGGAUCUUGGAAAGCUGUUUCAGUUCAUGAUGAGAAAUCAGAUAAACAUGGUGAUGCAAUUCAGCAGAACGGGAAUACUGUAGAAACUGAUGCAACUCCUUCGGAUGUUAUAGACCUAAUAAACAAGGAUGAUGAUGGUGAUCUGCCUAUGAGCUCGGCAUCUCCCUCGGAAGAUUUGAAGCCUGUGUUGAAUAGUCAAGAUAUAUCUGUCAUGGACUAUCUUCCGGAUUUCCCUCUAAGCACAGCCGCUCAGUCAGAAGAUAUGUAUGUAGGAGGUGGAACUUCAACUUCUGGCCAAAAUUCGUUACCUUCAUCUAGUGGCGGACCUGGCACUAGUUCAAUUGGGACCUUGGAGUCUAUUCUCCCUAGAGAUAUCCUGCAAAUGCUACCUGCUACCACACGUGCCAUCUCUCCUUCUGAAACCUCCAAUUUAACAUCUGCCAUGCAACAAGUUUCACAAGGAUACCCCAAUAUUAUGCAGAUGCAAUCACAGCUAGAUUCUUUACUUCGAUCAGCACAUCAUACUAGAAAUGUCAGGAGAGAGCCUGUAGCAGUCCAGGCUCUGGCAGUGCCACAACAUAAUUCAUCUAGAAGGGUGCAGGCAAAUGUCUCGAAUUGUCCACCUCCCACCCCGCAGUCCAUUUCACCUUCUUCAAACUACCAAGCACAUCAUGUGACAAAUGCAGACAGUGUAAUCACAUCGAUGGUUAAUGGUGUUGGGCCACUCUCAAGGGCUCCUGAUGGUUCCUCACCAUUCCAUCUACAGUCGACACAACAGGAUAUGCGCAACAUGCCAAACCAUCAACGUGGUCGGGUUAUGGGCCUUGCUGCAAAUCCCUACAUGCAUAUGAGACCGCCGACAGGAGGCCCAGGACAGGGUAGAGGUGCUAAUGCCUAUGGAGGUCCCUACCCUCAACAGUAUCAGCAAUAUGACCAGCGACAGUUUGACAAUCUAAUAGGCCAACUGGUGAACCGAGGCGGGCCAGUUAGUCAGGCCACACCAGGCCAUCUCUAUGUUCCCCAGCAGAGCCAGGCAAUGAGAACGCAAGCAUUGUCCCGACCGUCAACUCCAGCAGUGCAACCGCGCGUGCAGUCUCCUGGUCUAGCACCUACAGCUCCGCGUGUGCAGUCUCCUGGCCUAGCACCUACCGUUCCGCGUGUGCAGUCUCCUGGCCUAGCACCUACUGCUCCGCGUGUGCAGUCUCCUGGCCUAGCACCUACUGCUCCACGUGUGCAGUCUCCUGGCCUAGCACCCACUGUUCCACGUGUGCAGUCUCCUGGUCUACCACCUUCUCCGACUCCCGCUACGCCCCUCCUCGAGGACUCCGAUGUCCCGGAGAUUGAGAUGGAUCCGAACUGGCAGCCCACGGGGCAGAUGAGGGGGAGCCUGGUAGGCUCUGCUUACGAUCAAGCAAUCGAACGGUAUCUGCAGCCUGGUGGUGGUCAGCGGACAAAUCAGUCUCGGCCACCAGGCAGGUAAACAUACACUCGUCAGGUGUUGUGGGUGGCUCUGGAUUUAGAGAGGCUAACAUGGAUCCACGUUUGUGGGUGGCUCUGAAUUGUGAACUUCUGAUCUGCGGUUAGAUAUUAGCGUCCUUAAUUAUGUUACGUUAGGUUGCAAAUGUAGGGAGUACUGAUUGUGCUGCUUAGCGUUAGCGUACAUCUGUUGUUGUGAAAUGGAACGAAGUAUAUAAUAUUUUAUGUCA